AAUAUUUCAUUAAAAAAUUUGAAGUAAUUACAAAAAAAAAGAAGAAAACAAAAAAUAUGCAUUUACUUAAUAAACUUUUUCUAUUAAUAUUCUUGACAUUUCAAUGUAAUGAAAUUUUAAAUAUAUCAGCUAUAAUAAGUUCAAACAACAACAACAAUAAUUUAUACAAUGGACCAAAAGAUUACUUAUAUACUGAAAAAUAUAUAAAUGUUCCAUUAGAUCAUUUUAGUUUUACAAAUCAAACAACAUUUAAAUUAAGAUAUCUUAUCAAUGAAACAUAUUCAUCUGGCCGUAGUUAUUCACCAAUCUUCUUUUAUACUGGCAAUGAAGGUGACAUUGAACUUUUUGCUCAAAAUACUGGUUUUAUGUGGGAGGCAGCAAAACAAAUGCAAGCUGCUGUAAUAUUUGCCGAACAUCGUUAUUAUGGUAAAUCAUUACCAUUUGGGAGUAUGUCAUUUAAUUCAUCAACAUAUAGUGGAUAUUUAUCAGCUGAACAAGCAUUAGCUGAUUAUGCUACACUUUUAUAUAAUAUAACAAAUGGUAAAUAUGAUAGUAGACCAAUAAUAGCAUUUGGUGGUUCAUAUGGCGGUAUGUUAGCAGCAUGGUUUCGUAUGAAAUAUCCACAUAUUAUAAUUGGUGCAUUAGCUGCAUCAGCACCAAUAUUACAAUUUACUGGUUUAACACCAUGUGAUAUUUAUAGUAGAAUUGUAACAUCUGUAUUUAAAGUUGCUGAUAAACCGGAAUGUGUUGAAAAUAUUAUAAAUUCAUGGGAUAUGUUUAAAAAUUUCUCAUCAAAUGAUAAAGGGAGACAAAUAUUAAAUAAUAAAUAUAAAUUUUGUAAAAAUGUAACAAAAACUGAUGAUAUUACUAAUGAAUUUUUUGAAUAUUUAAAUGAUAUGUAUAGUAAUUUAGCAAUGGCUAAUUAUCCAUAUCAAAAUGAAUUUUUAGCACCAUUACCAGCAUAUCCAGUACGAAUGUUUUGUGGUCAAUUAGAGAAAUUGUAUCAAGGUGAAGAGCUAUUAAAUGCAAUGCAUAAUGCAAUAAGUAUAUACGCAAAUUAUACUGGAAAAUUAAAAUGUUUAGAUUAUAGUACAGCAUUUGAACCAAAUAUGGGUGAUUUAGGUUGGAAUUUUCAAUCGUGUACAGAAAUGGUAAUGCCAAUGUGUAAUAAAAAUAGUAUGUUCCCAAAAAGUGAUUGGAAUUUUAAAGGAUAUUCAGAUAAAUGUUUUAAACAAUUUGGUGUACGUCCAAAUGAACAUGAAAUUUUAAUGCGUUAUGGUGGUAAACAAAUUGAUUCAGCAUCAAAUAUCAUUUUUAGUAAUGGUCUAUUAGAUCCAUGGAGUAGUGGUGGUGUUUUAAAAUCAAAUAAUGAUAAAAUUAAUAUUAUUAUAAUACCAGAAGGUGCACAUCAUAUUGAUUUAAGAGCAGCUAAUCCUGAUGAUCCAGCAUCAGUUAUAAAUGCUAGAAUUCAAGAAUUAUCAAUUAUUGAAAAUUGGAUUACUGAAUAUUAUUUUAGUAGAACACGUUAAUCUUAAAUUUAUUUCACAUACGUAUGAGUACAUAUUCACAAUAUAUAUAUAUAUAUAUAUAUAUAUAUAUACAUAAAUAUUGUAUAUAAAUUUAUAUACAAACGUAUUCAUCUGUUUUUAAACAUUUUAUAUCACGAUAAUCAUACAUUGUAGGUACAUGUAUAAAAAAUAAUUCUACAUCGAAUU